AUGUUCAAGAUCGCUUGUCUGUUCGCCAUCCUCGCCGUUGCCUCCGUCUCGGCUAAGGCUGACCCUAAGCCAGGAGUAUUUGCUUAUGCUGCCCCGGCCGCAUACGUUGCCGCUCCGGCCGCUUACGUUGCCGAAGGAGCCGCUGUGUACGAGCGCACCUUCCACGGAAACACCGCCCCUCUGGCGUACACUUAUGCUGCGCCGUACGUCGCUGCCGCCCCGGUGGCCUACUCGUCCCCGUACGUCGCUGCCGCCCCGGCCCAGGUUCUGCUGAAGUAA